AUGCUGCUUACUGUUUCCUCAGGGACCUAUAAUCUGAAAUGCUACGAUUGUUGGACCAUCAACAAUUUUAAGUGUCCACAAAUUACGUUGUGUCCAACAGACCUCAGGCGCCGUAUGACCAUCUCUGUUCGUUUGAACAGUCGGGAGCUACUUGUUUACAAGAACUGUACGAGCAACUGCACGUUUGUGUAUCCAAGCGAAGUGCCUGAUGAAGCCCCAAGAGUCUUAAGAACUAACAGCUUCUAUUUCAUCCGUUGUUGUGGUGCAAUGACUUGCAAUGAAGGAGGGCCCACUAAUAUGGAGAGGGAGAUCACACAGGACCAGACUAUUGAGGAUGAGUUAGAAGGAACUGUAUGCUUGGGGGUGUCAACACUUUCCCUGAGCAUUGCCUGCAUCCUGGUCAGCCAUACACUGACAUGA